GGCGACUGCUGCUCACGACACACAACAAAUACAUGCUUGUGCUAAUUGAGGACGUUUUCUAGUGCGAUAUUUUGCUGCGCAUAUUAAAACAAUUUCAAUAGCCUCUCUGGGCGCUAGUCAUGACGUCCAGAGGUGGUGCAAAAGUUUUGAGCUUGAAGUUUAAUCAAGAUCGCAGCUGCUUCACAUGCUGCACUGAUGCUGGCGUACGUAUUCACAACGUCGAGCCCCUGACAGAGAAAGCACAUUAUGACACAUCUGAAAUGGGUACCAUCAUUCAUUGCGAAAUGCUGCACAGGACAAACUUGAUUGCCAUGGUUGGUGGUGGUCCACGUCCAAAGUUUGCAGAUAACACAAUAUUGAUUUAUGAUGAUGUAUUGAAAAAGUUUGUCCUUGACUAUACUUUCACUCAACCAGUUGUUGCUGUUCACCUCAAAAGAGACAGACUGAUAGCAGUUUUGAGGAGGCAAAUCCACGUCUUUUCUUUUCCCAAUAACUCAAGAAAGCUCUUCACCUUAGAAACUAGGGACAACCCAAAGGGACUGUGUCAAAUAAACUCUCUAAUUUCAUCAGAAAAACAGUUGCUGGUUUGCCUAGGUCAUAAACUAGGAAGCAUUCAACUAGUGGAUCUGUCAGUCACUGAAUUAGGAAUUUCUAGUGCUCCACAAACAAUAAGUGCUCAUCAAGGAGAGGUAGCCUGCUUAGCUUUGAAUUCACAAGGUACUGUUGUUGCCACUGCUUCGGACAAAGGUACUCUCAUACGUGUAUGGGACACGCUGAAACGAACUCUUCUGGUCGAGCUCCGACGCGGAUCGGACCCCGCUACUCUAUAUUGUAUUAAUUUUAGUCCUGAUUCCGAGUUCCUCUGUUGUUCCAGCGACAAGGGAACUAUUCACAUAUUCGCCCUUAAGGAAACGCAUUUGAACCGACGUUCUUCAUUAAAGAAAAUGAGCUUUCUUGGUAACUAUAUCGAAUCGCAAUGGGCUUUAGCCAAUUUCACCGUACCCCCAGAGUGUGCCUGCAUCUGUGCUUUCGGCAGCAAUAAAUCCAGCGUCGUAGCCAUCUGCAUGGACGGCACUUUCCACAAAUAUGUUUUUACACCGACCGGGAACUGCAAUCGCGAAUCGUUCGAUGUGUACUUGGACGUCUGCGAAGACGAUGAUUUCUGACAUCGAUCAGCGAAAACAAAAACGAUCAAUGCGUGUAAACUUUCAGGUGUUUUAAUGUUUCAUACACAAAGGGUUUUUUCUAUUA